CCGCCCCCUCCCGGGCGCCUUGGCGACAGCGGUUCCGCUCCUCCCCUGACGGUGCACUCCGGGGGGAACUUGGAAAGAUGCCGGCUCCCUCCCCUAAAUCCCGGAACCGAGAGCGGGAGCCGAAAGGCGGCGGCAGGCCUCUGGGCCUCCUGCAGAGAGCGGCUACCCCCGAACCUCCGUCGCCUCGGCACCGGGCAGUGCAGCAGCUGGAGGCGGCGGGCCUCCGCCGGGACUCGGCCUCCGGCACCAACCCCUGCCCGCAGCCCGACGAGGACUGCAUGAAGCUGAACCCAUCCCUGCUCGGCAUCGCCCUGCGCUCGCUGCUGGCCGUCGACCUAUGGCUCUCCAAGCGCCUGGGGGUGUGCGCCACCGAGGACUCGGCCUGGGGCAGCGCCCGGCCUAUCAUGAAGCUGAUCGAGGUGACGGGCCACGGCAUCCCCUGGAUAGGAGGCACCUUGUACUGUCUGUGCAAGAGCGACAGCGCUGCUGGACACGAAGUGCUGCUCAACCUGCUGCUGGCUUUGAUCCUGGAUCUGGUCCUGGUAGGUAUUGUCAAGUCACUGGUCCGCAGGCGUCGGCCUUCACAUAACAAGAUGGACAUGUUUGCUACUUUCUCUGUGGACAGAUACUCAUUCCCAUCGGGCCAUGCAACCAGAGCAGCACUGGGAGGUCGAUUCUUCCUCAAUCACUUGGUUUUAGCCAUUCCGCUGCGCAUUCUGGUUGUGCUGUGGGUUUGUGUUGUAGGACUGUCACGAGUGAUGCUGGGAAGACACAAUGUGACUGAUGUUGUUUGUGGAUUUAUGAUGGGGUAUCUGCAGUAUAGCCUGGUGGAGUAUAUGUGGUUGUCAUCCAGUAACCUGCAGACAUUUCUGAGAUUAUGCGGACUUAAAUAAUUAAGUGUAGAAUUUUUUUGUGUAAUCUAUAUCAGUUCCAACUUAUGUACUGUGUACCCAACACACUAUGUAAAUUGAUAGGUUUGAAGUGUUUUUACUUGACAAUUACUUGAUUUUAUUUGCUAUGACCUUUCAAUUUGACACUGUAACUUGUUUUAGCUAAUGUUCAAAACCACCAAAACAUCGUCUAAGACACUAAAAUUGUAAUAAGUCAAAUCGCAGUGGGAUUCACCCACAAUUUCCCAUUAAGCAGAGCUUCAUGUUAGUUAAGACUAAGCACGUAUGUAACAUGAUUUGUUGACAGACACACACUGUCAAAAACAAAACCAAACGAAAACACUUAAUGCAGAAAAUAUGUGACAGAUGUCUUUAUUUUUCAAUUUGUUCCCACCUUACAAUGGCCUGCCCCUGUACAGUAAAUUGUCGAAUGUUAGCUCUGGAAAAACUAAUUUUUUUUUUUGCUUAGCAUGCUGCCUUCAGAAGACCCUGCCAUGUUUGCAGUGCAGUCAAAUAUGUGUUCUGUAUUUGAAUGAUGUCGUGUAAAAUCCUGGAGCAUCUCUAUAGUCUCUGUGGUUUUAUCCACGUUUAAAAAUGUCUCCGUUCAUGUUCGUUCACUUAGAUGGGUGAGACCAUUUUGCAGCCAUUGCUGCAGACUUUCUAAUGGUUUUGUACUGUAGUGUGGCAUAAUUCUGCCCCAAACAGUUGACAUAGUUAUACGAGAAUUAUGAACAAAUUCAGUUAAUCUGGAGUUACCAGUCCAGAACUUUAGCAUAUCACGGGUAUCCAUCCAUUGGAUUUUCUAUUUUGCACUGGAAACAGCUGAUAACUGCACCACAGAGUUUUGUGUUAUCAGAAUGUGACUCAUCGUGAUUUCACUGGAUGUUUUUUUUCCGCUUACUUCUCAAUUCUUGCUUAUUUGUUUUCUUAGCUAGAAAGAGACUGGUUGAGAAGAGUAUUUCCAUUCCUUGUCAAGUGUUAAGGUACCGCCAAAGUAUAAGACAAAUGCUUCUUCCAGGCUUCUGUUUUGGGAUCUUUACUACUAGUCCACAUGUGCAGAUGCUGGUGUUGGACUGGACUGGGGUGGACAAAGUCAAAAGUGACAUAACACCAGUUUUUAGUCCAACAGAUUUAUUUAAAAUCAUAAGCUUUGAAAGCACUGCUCCUUCAGCAGGUGAAGUGGAGGGAGCUGCACAGGCACAGAACAUGUAGGGGGAGAGAUAAUGGCAAGAUAAUUCCAGGCCACUAAGAAUAUCAACAGCUAAGUAUGAAUAGUGUUGAAUAAAGUGUCAACAGCCUGAAUAGCAAGUCUUUGCAGGUAAUCAAGAGUGUCAACAGAUGAAUACAAACAGUGUAAAUCAAAUGUCAGAGAAUAGAAUAGAAUCCCUACAGUGUGGAAACAGGCCCUUGGGCCCAACAAAUCCACACCGAUCCUCAGAGCACCUACCCAAACCCAUCCCCCUAUAACCCACCUAAUCUACACAUCCCUGAACACUACAGGCAAUUUAGCAUGGCCAAUCUGCCUAGCCUGCACAUCUUUGGACUGUGGGAGGAAACCGGAGCACCCGGAGGAAACCCACACAGACCCAGGGAGAAAGUGCAAACUCCACACAGACGGUUGUCCGAGGGUGGAAUCGAACCCAGGUCCCUGGCACUGUGAGGCAGCAGUGCUAACCACUGUGCCAUCGUGCCGCCCCCGUCGACAGCUGAAUAACAAGAGAAGGGAUGAUCUAUGAACUGAUUAAUAAAGACAGAGAAAUAAUUACAAAUAAUCGAAAAUAAGAUGAUGCUAGAGACAAACCAAGUGGCUGGAAUAAUAUCAGUAGGUAUCAGUCACAUAACGAGGAUCUAACAAAAAUAAAAGUUCUGUGGUACUAGCCCAGAUGACAUUGAAAUUGUGGUCUCCCAGGAUAUAGAUGGGAAAUCAGCCACAUAUUUCAAAACAGUUUUCCUAAUGUGUAUUCUUCUCCAUGGGCAAUUGGUCCUAAGUUAAUUUGAGAUCAUAUAGAAAGAAACCUCUCGCCAGUUUCAAAUUAUCACCAAAUUUGAACCAGGUCUCGGAGGCAAAACCGGUCUUGGCAUACUGUUCUGUCUCAUUUCUGCCAGGUGGAUUGUAUGCUAAUUGGGAACUUGAUUAAAAUGCAGGCCGAGUGUUUUUUUGUAACUCAUAAAUAGUAAAUAAGAAAUAUUCAA